AUGAACUAUGACAAGCUGAGCAGGGGCACUCGUUAUUACUACAACAAGAGGAUCCUCCAUAAGACCAAAGGGAAGAGGUUCACCUACAAGUUCAACUUCAACAAACUGGUCCUGGUCAACUACCCCUUCAUAGACAUGGGCUCCACAGGUAGUGGUGUUCCUCAGAGUGCUCCCCCAGUGCCAACCGGAGCCGGAACUCAUUUCCGCUUCCCACCCUCCACGCCGUCCGACAUGCUUUCGCCCAAUGAGGACCUGCGUAGCCCAGGGGGCGUGUUCAGCGCCGUGGCUCGGCGCAUGGCGCGCGGCUCGGUCAGCGACUGCAGCGACGGGACCUCUGUCAACUCCGAGAUCGAGGACGGCAACGGGGGAGGAGGGGAGGAGAGAGGGGGAGAGAGAGGGCUGACUGGGGGAGGAGGGGGAGGAUCAGGGAUGAUCCACCCCCGUCUGUCCCAUGAGUCUCUGUUCAGGAUGUAUGGUGGAGCAGGGAACCCCAAUGCCCACCCAGGCUCCCGCUGCCCCCCAGGACACAGGGUCCACCCCGACAACCUGUCCCCCUUCCCCGUGUCCCCCCUACCUGGCCCUGUGGGUGCAGGGCUCCUAGCCCCACCUCUGUCCCCAGCCCUGUCCAUGACCCCGUCCUCCCACCUGCCCUACACCCCGUCCCCCUCCCUCUCCCCCAUGCUGGGCUCACACUUCUCCUUCAACCCUGAGGAAAUGAAGCGCUACCUGCAGGCCCACCACCAGAGUGUCUACAACUACCACCUCAGCCCCAGAGCCUUCCUCCACUACCCCAACGUCGUCCUUCCCCAGCCACACCGCCUCGCCCAAGACAAGAGAGAACUGGGAGCAGAGAGAGAGAGGGAAAGAGGAGAACGCUCAGGUCUGAAUAGUCAUCGACACCCAUCACCCCUAUCCCAAUCCCACUCUCCUCACCCGCACUCGGCCCACCCCCACCCUCACUCAGCCCACCACCACCCUCACUCGGCCCAUUCCCACUCCCACCCCAUCCACCACCCGCUGCACCUGGGUGAGGAGCCGCCUCACCUCUCGCCCUUCAAGUUCAAGCUGCAGCCUCCUCCAUUGGGCCGGAAGCAGAGGGACGGUAGCCAGGGCCACCACCCCAGGCAGAGCUCACUGUCCUCGUGCUCAGGGUCUCUGUCGUCCUCCGGUCUGGGGUCUUCCCUGUCCUUCGGCAGUGACCUGAGCUCAGCCGGCGGGUCAGGACUCAUCUCCAACUCCUCCUCCACCGGCUCCCUCAACAGCACUGGACUGCCCAAGAUCAAGGUGGAGCCCAUCUCAGACAUUGAGUCAGAAGAGGAGGUGGAGGUGACUGACAUCAGCGAUGACGACCCCGAUGACCGGGGCGACGAGUACGACCUCUUCUCCCCCCGACACCCCCGGCCUCACCCCCACCACCCCAACGGGACCUCCUCCCACCCACACCCCCACGACGACGACCUGGAUGAGGAUGUCUUCAAGGCCCCCGCGCCCCCUCCUCCAGGCCUGCUGCCCUUCUUCACCUCCCACUACCAUUCCCACCCCCACCGCGGACCUCCCACCCUGAAGAGUGAGCCGGCUGAGCCAGGCGACACCCCACCUCCCCAGUCCCCCGCCCAGGGGCAGACCAAGUGCAUUCCCCUCAAGCUGCGCUUCAAACGGCGCUGGAGCGAAGACCAACGCAUGGAGGCCAUGGAAGAGCAGGACGACAAGAAAGUACGAGGGGAGGAGAAGGAGAGGGAAAGAGAGACGGAGAGGAAUGGAGGGAUGGAGGAGAACGGGGCUGGCAGUGCCCCCAGUUCCCCAGCCCUGGGGGGGUAUGAGUGUACCCUCCCGUUGGCUCAGAGGAGGGUGAGCCAGGACCUGCACCGGGCCACCGCCCAACUGUCACUGGAGAACAAGGACUGCUGAUCCACACACACACACACACACACACACACACACACACACACACACACAUAGGGAUACAUACAAACACUAAUGCUAGCAGUCAGUGGUGGUUUAGGACAGUGUAAAUGACUCCUCUGUAGUCCUCCUGCCACUCUGACAGACAGACAGUUCUCUCCUAACUCAAACUAAACUUUGUCCUAAUCAAACUCCAAACCAUGAUGCAGUCCUUGACUUGAGAACACACACAUACCCUCCUCCCAAACCCCUUACCUCCUGCUGUAAUGAGACCCUCCCUCAGAGACUGUUGAAGAAAAGAGGGGAGAGGGGACUUUUGGUCCAAGCAAGCUCAGACUCAGUGACUUAAACCAGGGGAAGAACCAGAGGGUUCGCAACUCUCUGCUUGUGUCUGGAUGGAACACCCAAGCCAGCCUCCUGUCCAGCCCACCGUCAGCCUCAUAUCCAGCCUCCAGCCCUGCCCCACAUCUCCUGCCUCACCUCUCCUGCCUCACCUCUCCUGCCUUCUGGCCCCCCUCUAGGGUUAGACUCUUUCUCCUCAGGGGACCCCAACUCAGACAGACCAGCCACCCGGCUCCCCAGCCCCGCAGACAUGGAGGAUGACAUUUCUCCCAUUUUAUUUUUGUAUAGAGAUGAAGACGGGGCUUCUACAAGUGCCUGUACCUGUAUCAAAC